AUGCCCAUGACCGACGAGACCGACCACAGUGGCGGGGUCAUCUUAGAUGGCCCUUUUGACCCUGACGCGCAAGCCACUGUGACUGAUUUCAUAGAUUACACGGAGUAUCUUCCAGCUGAUCUCAUGCGCUCCCUGACCCUCAUCCGAGGCCUCGAUAAUCGCUACCUCGACUCCGCGCAAGAAGUACACAACCUGAGCAAAACCUACGGCCAGCUCCCCGACCUUCCCCUCGAUGAGCGCCCAAGCGCGAUCUCCUUGCGCCGUGAAAUCUCGCAUCAACUGGACCGUGCCGUCAAUGCCCGCGAAUCCGCCUAUGCAGAGGCCUGCCGCCUCUACGAUGUCGUGGAUCGCCACUUCGACCGCUUGAGCUGCAUUCGACAGAAGCUAGAAACACUUCCACGACCCCCUUCAGUGGAGCCAUCGCCGCCGCCAGAACCUACCCCGAAGCGCGCGCGCAAGGACAAGAAAUCGGGCGGGUCCACAACGCGUAUCACCCUGCGCCUGGAUAAUCGCAAGAAGAGCGGAACCCAGAAGUCGAGGUCGCGACGCGUGGGAAUAGAGCAAUUUGCCGACUUUAAUCCGGAUUCCCCAAUUGCUAGCACAGAGCAGUCCGAUGCAGAUGCGGAAUUGCCUCCUGUUCAUAAACCCAGGCCCCCAAAGAAAGAGAAGCAGCGACGCCCUAGCUCAGGGGUUGCAGCCUCGACAGCUAUUGCUAUUGCAUCGUUGAAACCCCCGCCCCCAGAUGCGCAGAUUGGCAGUGAAGAUCUGCCUUGGAUGAGACUGACGGACUGGGAAAUGACUAGACUGCGAAAGAAGAUGAAGAAGAAUGCCAUGUGGCAGCCUAGUGAUGUCAUGAUCCAGCGUGAGUUGGCACUUUCAGGUCGUGGCUGGGAGGCAUACCGAGUUGCGAAACUCUUGGCCGAAGAGACUGGGGCUCCUUUCCUUGAUUGUGAUAAUAUAGAAGAAAAUCAUCGGGGCGAGAAGCUAAAAGAUAUGGAAGAAACCAAGCUGAGCAACCGAGGCAUGAAGUUGAAUGAGGCGAAGAAACUGAAACGUGAAUUGUUGGCGCGAGAAGCGGCAGCUAACGGAGGAGAUAUAGCCAUUAGCACUAAACCAGCUCCUGCUCAAGGAAACUCGGCAAACCGAUCAUCACGAAAGAGAAAGCGAGAGGAAAUCGCAGUUGAGGAUGAUGUAUUGGACUCGGCUCUCGAGUCUGUUUCUGUACCAACACCAGUGCCGGCACCAUCGUCGAAAUCACGCCGCAGAUCUGACCGAGGGGCUCCCAGCAGUGGAUCAGCAGAUGCGACGAAUGCACCGGUGCCUGAAAUUGCACCCCUGGAACCUGCUGAAGUAAAGGUAUCACCGCCAUUGCCUUCGCCAACUGGAUCAAAACGUUCUGUCAAAUCAGCUGUUCAACCGGUCACAACACCUACUCCACCAGUCACCCGGCCCUCUUCCAGACGGUCUGCAGCCGCGGCACUGAGCGAACCCAGAGGCGCAUCAGGUGCCUUCCCUAUUGCGAUAGCUGGCGGCCGAGAUCUUCGGAUUAAAAGUGCUACUCCUGCUCGCAAAACCCCGGUUCGAGAGACGUCUCAUGCCCCCAGCGUUCCUGCUCCUGCGCGCCGACGAAAACGCCCCGCUCCUGGCCCAGUUUCCACUGGCCAGGACGGUGGCGCGGCUGUUAGUUACGGUCAUCGUAAGGCGAAACCAAGCAAGAAGCGCAUUCUGGUUCCCAACUCUCAGGAUGUUCGUGUUGAUGAGGAUGGGGUCCUUGAGGAGAUCAAUGCCAACGAGCCGCGUUACUGUCUUUGUGGGGAUGUGAGCUUUGGAACCAUGAUCUGCUGUGAAAACCAAGAUUGUGAUCGUGAAUGGUUCCACCUUGACUGUAUUGGUCUAUCCGAGGUGCCUUCGCGCACGGCCAAAUGGUACUGUCCAGAGUGCCGCGUCAAGUUUAGCAAGGGUUCAGAUGGGAUUGUUAGGGGUGGAUCGCGGCGCUGA